ACAAGUGACAGAGAAGGAUUCCUCUUCGGCAGUUACAACAACGGACUGGGAAUCCGCGGCAGAAUCGUCUUGUCCAAUUUAGGGCCGAAGAAGUGAAUACAAAAAUACCAUUCUUGCGAGAGUACUCGUUCCACCAAGAGGCGACGGCUAACAAGGAAGUGACUCCGAGUGGGCUUCUAUUCUGCGCUUACGACAGUGCAUGGAGACUCGCUUCCUUGUUUUGUUGGUUUUUGCAUUUGCCUUGGUGAGAUUCUUUGUGAGUCCUAUCACAGCGACGAUUGAAGCAACGUAUUUCUAUUCAAUGAAUCAGCAUCCGCUAGCGACGACCGACAGCGGUGCAUCAAGUCAGCCUAAGUCACCCCACCAUCUGUAUCGAUUUGAUUCAACCGGGCAUGAUGCGGGAGGCCAUGUGCCGGCGCAGCAGAGGCGAUCGCAAAGAGCCAUGAUUCGACGAUUUUCUGUUGCGCUGUCUACAGAAUCCUAUUUUAAGACGUCCGAGGACACCAAUUGUUACGGCGCUUAUGGCCACGUCCGGGAAAAGUUAGAUUAUGAUUAUCACUCUCAUUAUCGCAAAGACCGACAGUGGUUUCACGAUAGCAUCAUUGAAGAUCUUCUCGAGCAUUCCGAUUCCACUAGUGUUUGCGAGUAUCCGACCGAGCCCUGGCUUAUUCUUAGCGCCGGCGUACAAGGCGCUGCGGAUGCUUCCCGAAUUUUCAACGUUCUGUGAGAACUCCCCGACUAUGGUAGAUGCCUUGACUAGCAAAGAGGGUGGCUACAUUGCUGAGACACUGACUUUGGCAGCCCUGCAAGCUGGACGGAAUGUAGUGCUGGACAGCGCACUAAAAGACGUAAAUUGGUAUAAGGACUAUGUCGAAAGAUUGCGCCAAGAAUUUCCCUGUCUCAAAGUCGGACUCAUUCACAUUAUUGCCGAGCCUGAAGUAAUUUUGAAGCGUGUCCGCUUGCGUGGCAACGAGACGGAUCGCUCCAUUUCGGAAGAGCAGAUUCGAAAAGCAUUGCAAAGCGUCCCACACAAUGUUUCCAAAAUCACUCCUAACGUUGAAAAGGUUUUUGUCAUUCGCAAUGACGAUUCCCCUAGGCUGGAGGGAUGCAAAUGGUCAGAAUUCGCAAAGACGUUUACGCAAAUCCCAUUGUCUGGUAAACUUGCUCUUGGAGAAAGAAUGGACAUGUCUGGCACAGUCUUUCGUCGAAAAUCUUGUCGAAGGCGGUUCUCCGUCUUUCAGUCUAGUGAAGACAACCACAAAGCCGACCAUAAGAUGUUUUACGGAAAAUAUGCCCACAUUCGAAAGACUCUGGAUUAUAACUAUCACAAAAACUACACAUUCGAACGACAACGGUUUCAAGAUGCUAUUGUUAGCGAGUAUGUCAACAAUGCCAUCCUGAGCGACAACAACGGCGAGCUUUGCACUACUCCAACCGAACCGUGGAUAGUAUUUACAGCUGGAGCCAUGGGCGCUGGCAAAAGUUAUACGAUGCGGCGGCUUGUCGAGAAAGGACGCUUUCCCCUUAUAGCCUUCGUGAGCGUCGACCCUGACGACAUUCGACGGCACCUUCCUGAGUUUCAUUUGUACGUUGACCAAAGUCCUGAGCUCGCUGGUGAACUCACGCGUAAGGAAUCUGGUUAUAUUGCCGAGAUUCUUACGCUGGCAAGCUUGCGCGAAGGCAAGAACGUAUUGGUUGACGGAUCAUUGCGUGAUUGGAGUUGGUACAAAUCGUACUUUGAGCGCUUGAGAAACGAGUUUCCUGCUUUACGAAUAGCCAUUCUUCACAUCACGGCACCUAGGGAUGCCGUGUUUCAACGAGCUGCGGAUCGUGCUGUAACAACAGGGCGUAUUGUUCCUCAAGAACUUUUGGUUGCAGCCUUGGAACAGGUCCCGAAAUCUGUAGAAAUUCUGAGCCCGUUAGCCGAUUGCAGUGUAGAAUUGAAAAAUGCUCCGCGCGCCGAAGAUAUUGAGCUUGUGACACCUAACCAAACAUGGGAGACUUUUGAAUCGAACUGGGUCCAGUAAGUAGAUUGAAGCAAAUAAGAAUGUGAUUCCGAUUCCCAUAUCUUUGGUCCGGUUACCUCACUUCUAUACAAAUACUUACCCAGAACUUGUGCGUGGGUGCCGAAUCGAGAAAGAAUGUUGAAAAAACAAGAAAAGGUAGACAAGAAAUUAGCCGAAAAGCUUGAUAAUUAAGGCACGCUCUCAAACGGUUUCGCUCCAAAAGUGAAUUCGAGGAAUUGACUAUGAACAAGUUAAAAACUUUAGGAAAACACGCUUUAUCGUCU